UGCCUUUUGAAAUCCAAAAGCAUCUUCCGGCAUUGUAACUAUACUUGCAUAAGAGUUAAUCUGUCAGCAAAGUUAGUAAUGUUUUGGAUGAUCUGUUAAUAGAGAGGGGAAUUAAACAGCCAUAUGAGAGGAUCAUGUGUCUGCUUGCUGCUGGAAGCUCUGCACGGUGCUGAGGCAGCAGGGAAAGGCAGAGACUUGCCGUGGCUGGGUGGAAAGAAGACAAAACAAAAUGCCAACGUUUUCUGUGAUGUAUAAAGGAGCCGUCAUCAUUAGCAGGACUCUCAUGGGUCCAUACGGUGCAGACCGCAUUGUACAUUCCAUAGACUUCACAGACUGUGAGAAUGGACUGGGAAUUAAAGUUAUUGGAGGAGUAAAGGAAUUAACUGGCGAGGAACACGGGGUGUUUGUCAAAAGAAUCCUACCUGGUGGCCUUGCUUCGAGUGACGGACAUCUUCAGCCUGGGGACCAGAUCUUAGAAGUGAAUGGGGAAAGUUUAAUAGGAGUAACAAGCGACAGGGCAGUGGACAUCCUCAGAUCAGCGUCUGCUUCCAAUCACAUGCGCCUUUUCAUAGCAAGAGAUGAUGAGGCUAGGAGGGAGUUUGCUGAACUGCUUGAGAAGUCCGGCUCCAGCAGCAGUACAGGCUCUGCAAGGAGCUCCCCUAGCCAACACAGCGGCAGCAGAUAUUUAGAUAGCACCUCAUCGGGGUCCUCGUCGCGCUCCCAGAGUCCUCUGCUGCUGAGUCCGGCUGGCUGUCAUAGUGCUUAUAAUGGAAGCUCUGGACCCUUACUGCGCUCAUUCAGUCACCCUGGUGAAGGCCUGAUUCAGCUCAUCUCCAUCCCGAGGGCUUCAGGAUUUGGCAUUGCCAUCGGCGGCGGCUUGAACCGGCCUGACGGACCAGCAGUGUUCAUACAGGAUAUCCUCUCCGGGGGGGACUGCCACAGGGAUGGCAGACUCAGACCCGGAGACCAGUUAAUUGCGAUCAAUAAGGAGUCGUUGAUAGGUGUGACACAUGAGGAGGCCAAGUGUACCCUUAACAAAGCCAAGUUCAGGCAGGAAGGCACGGUGGAGAUCGCGUUCAUUCCUGGACAGAGGCCCUUUCCGGGGAGCAGCUCGGUGCCCACCGGAGUGCAGCUCUGUGCGGGGGGUGGGCAUGGCGUGGGCAGGUUAAAAGUGCACGUGAGGUCCCCUGAGGUACGCACACACCCACACUUACCCUGUACUCACGAGCCCAGAGAGAGACAGACAAGACAGGAAGAGCUAUUGCCAGUGCCUUUGCCCUCAGCAUCCUCCGAUAUCUGCCCUCCAGAGCUCACAGCGUCAGGAACCUCCACAUCGCUGAAUUCCAGCACAGCCUCUGAAACUAAACAAAAAGUGUCACUGGACCCGUAUGUCAGGCUCAAGUCAGAGAAACUUGACUUGGCACUGAGGUACCUGGGGCUGGAUGUCCCUGAACAGAAGAGGAGAAAGUUGCUUCAGAGCCUCACCGUGGAUCCACAAGGAACUGUAGCCUAUGGCGAUUUCGUGGAGGCAGCCCGGGAUGUUCUGCAUGAGAAGCUGGAGGAAGCAGGUCUGGGGUCAGGCCCUUUCAUGUUUUCUUAUCACGAGGCAGCCAGCUUAAUGGAUACAUCUGCAUUCCAUUCCCCUACAUGUGACUCUGUGAGUGGGAACAACACGGAGGAGCUGGAGCACUUCCAGUCUGAGGCAACGCUUCUGCAGCAGCAGGUGAAACAGUUACAGACUCUACUAAGAGACGCACAGAACAGCAAGAAGACCCUGGAGGAGGAGCUGCAGAAAAGCAAUCAGACAGCGUCUGCCUUGUUCGCGGAGAAUAAGACCCUGAGAAGCAAGCUGCAGGUGGCCGAGGUGGUGCAGCGGCAGACCCAAAGUGCAGAGCAGGAUUAUGAGGAGGUGAUCCAGCUUCUGGAGGCUGAGAUCAGAGAUCUGAAAACCCAGCUGGAAGGGACAAAACACACCAAGGGCAGCGAAGCUACCAAAGAAGAUGUGCUUGAACUCAAAAGAAGACUUUCUGCCGUUGACUGCCAGCUCCGGAAAUCUGAGCUCACGAGGAAACAUCUAGAGAUCUCCAACUUGAAGCUGCUGGUAUUUGCUCAGAAUGUCCACAGGGUCCUGACAUCCUCCAGUCUAUUAACACCAGAAAACGGGCUGAGGAAGCAGUUACCAGACUCGAAGGCAGGGGGCACUGUUGACCCGCAGUUACCAGACUCGAAGGCAGAGGGCACUGUUGACCCAAAAGGCCUAUGGGUUGCAGAGGUGAAGGAGUUGGUGGAGUGUGCCUGCUCCCUCAGCACUGGCCACACGUUGCUGAAUGGCUGGGAGGAGUGCAGCACCCCAGAAGAGACCAAGUACUUUGCUGAUGCUCACGGAAAGUGCUGGAUUGACAACAAUGGAGACUGAGGCCCUCAACUCUUCCACAGAGCAGCCGUAAUCACCAGCAAACAACAAGGGCUUCUCCAUCUGGAACCAUUAAGAGAGAGAAGGACACCCAGGAAGGAGGAUCUGAUCACUGAACUGCCAUCAUCUAAACAAGCAAAAGAGCAUGAUGAAGGAAUCCCACUACAGAAGACUUUACAGCAAGCAACUGUGUCGACAGCUCAAUUCAUUGCAAGAGUAGAAGAUGCUGCAAAUGGCAACUGCUUUAUUGAUAUUCCAUUAAAUGCAAAAUUGAGCUUUUAAUCCAAAAAUAUGCACCAACAUUGUCUGUUCAAGUUAAGUGUCAAAGAAAAACAAACAACAAAAAGAAACCUGUGCUUCUAUUCAAGCAUCAGAAAUGUGCAGCAAGAAACCAACGAGAAACCAAUGAGGAUCCAAUGCGGAACCAACGAGAAACCAAUGAGGAUCCAACGCAGAACCUAUGAGAAACCAACGAGACACUGACGAGGAACCAACGAGAAACCAAUGAGGACCCAACGCGGAACCUAUGAGAAACCAACGAGACACUGAUGAGGAACCAACGAAAUGGGAAGAUUCCUCUUCAGACAGUGGUCGUGCUGUAACAGAGCGUGAGAAUGUAACUGUUGAGAGACGCUAUGUGUGGGCGGGGUUUUGUUUUAGUAUCGCUAUUUCAGACUUGACCUUCUGUUGCCUGUAUGCCCUUUAAAACAGAUUGAGGGCGGUUUGGUAUGAUUUUUCAGUCAAUUGCAUCACCGAUGGAUUCAGAACAAGGUCAUUGAAUGAAUUAAUAAACAUUGCACAUUGUUGGAAAUAUUGCACAUUUGUAUUUAUUGCAUAUAUCAAGUGCUCUGAAAUGUUAUAUUACUAGCAACCAUUAUGUUAAUAAAAUACAACACAUUAAUAAGACCUGAAAAUAAUCAUACUAAGUUAUCUAGUCUUGUAUUUUAUUUAGCUUGAAAUAUACAUGUGGCCUGGGUUUUUAAUUUUUUUUUA